AUGAGGUUCAUGAAAUUUGCUCCCCUAGUCCAAAACCACAAAGUUUUUCCAAAAUGUGCACUCACAAAACCUUCACAUUUCCAUAACCUUAAUAAUAGAACUAAACCAAGACCAAAUGAAUUACUAAAACAAUAUUUAAACACCAAUGAUACAUCUACUAAAGCCUUACUUCUAUUUCGUGAUUUAAUCAGGAAAAACACUUCCAAAAUUGAUAGUUUUUCUCUUUUAUACAUGAUCAAAAUCUGCGCACGAAAUUCUUCGUCGAUACACGACGCACGACCGUUCCAUACCCUUGUCGUAAAACUUGGUUAUAAGCCCAUUAUUUUUAUCCAGACAUCAUUAGUGAGUUAUUACUCUUGUGUUGGUAAUCUUGCAGAUGCACACCAAGUGUUUGAUGAAAUGCCGACAAAGAACGUUGUUUCUUGGACUGUAUUGAUUUCCGCUUAUGUUGAUAACCAAAAACCGAAAGUUGGUCUAAAAUUGUUUGAAAAAAUGCAGAUGGAGAAUGUGGCUCCUGAUCAUGUCACGCUGACGGUAGCGCUGUCUGCGUGCGCGGAUCUUGGUGCCUUGGACACGGGUAAAUGGAUACAUAACUUGGUUAGACGAAACAAAAACAUCGAUAAGGACUUAUCGUUAUAUAAUGCACUACUAAACAUGUAUACAAAAUGUGGAGAUAUAGGAACUGCAAAGAUAUUAUUUCACGACAUUAAGCAUAAGGAUGUUACGACAUAUACUUCCAUGAUAACCGGAUACGCUAUCCAUGGUCAAGCAAAAGAAGCGCUAGCACUUUUUAAAACAAUGAUUGAUACGAAAAUCGUUCCAAAUGAUGUUACUUUCAUUGGGGUUUUAAUGGCAUGUAGUCAUGUAUCUAUGGUUGAUGAUGGAAAACAAUAUUUCAAGAAAAUGAUAAAUCGUUACCGGUUAAAGCCUAGAUUAUCACAUUAUGGGUGUAUGGUUGAUCUAUUAUGUCGAGCAGGGUGUUUACAAGAAGCUAAAGAUUUCAUUUUAGAAAUGCCCAUGAAGCCAAAUGCGGUUAUAUGGAGGACAUUGCUUAGUGCGUGUAGUAUUCGUGGGGAUAUUGAUCUUGCUGAAGAAGCUCGUGGACGAUUGGUUGAGUUUGAGGAGAGUUUAGCAGGUGAUGAUGUUAUUAUGUCGAAUGUUUAUGCUUCGAAAGGAAUAUGGGAGAAGAAGGAGAUCGUGAGAGAUCGGGUUAACGAGAGGAGAAUUCCGGGUCGUAGCUGGAUUGAGAUUGGAAAUGAGAUCAAUGAGUUUGUAGCUGCAGAUAAUGAGCAUAUAUUUACCUGCAAUAUCUAUGAGAUUAUUGAGAGCUUGAAGGGAAAUAUGAGAGGUUUUGAAUGCAGUUUUGAUUAAAGUCCUCGACAAAAUGUAUUUUUGGAACUAGUCGAUUUGGGAUUAUAUUUUUAUAUGUAACAAAAGGUUAACAGUUCCCAAUCAUAGUAGUUGAGAGUAUUUUCUUUAACAAAAUAUAUAUACCUUCUAAUUUUCAAAAGUUCAGUGUUAGUAGUUAGUUUUCUCCGUGUUAGUAAAUA